AGCAACAGCUGCCUCAGAUAUUACCCGCAGCAGAUAUACGGCGAUCUCCUCGCAACACAAAAUGCCAGCGCAGAUAUGGUUUGCAUCUAGGGACUUGAGCAAUUUCUCUCAAAUCUCAAUGUUUGCCGUGUAUCAAAGCGGCGCACAGCACAGUCUAAACGCUGCAACGUUUCUGCGCAGAUAGUAUGUGAUGAGAUACUUGGCCAAAUAAAUCGUUGCAUGAGGACAGAUCAUUAAAAUAAAGCACUUUUCAUACGACUGUAGUAUAGUGUCAACAUCUUUGCUAGUGUAUGUAAUUUUGUUACAUCAUUGGUGUGAAGCAACCUGCGGUAAAUGUUUGUUUUGUUUUUGAAAGCCACAGUGACGCGAAUUUUAAAUAUGUUGCUAAUACUAGUAAUAGUAGCGUCUUGCAACAUUGUGUCUGGCACAACAAUAAAACCAAUUGUAAUGUGGCAUGGAAUGGGUGACAGCUGCUGUAAUCCGAUUAGCUUAGGGAGGAUAAAAUUAAUAAUCGAAGACACGUUUCCAGGUGUCUAUGUGAAGAGUAUCAAAAUUGGUGCCAAUAUAAUUGAGGACACGGAAAACGGAUUCUUUUUAAAUGCAAAUGUGCAAGUUGAAGAAGUGUGCAGUCAGCUUGCAAAUGACAGUAAGCUAGCAGACGGAUACAAUGCGAUAGGUUUUUCCCAAGGAGCGCAGUUUUUGAGAGCUGUUGCUCAACGCUGCCCAUCUCCUCCUAUGAUCAAUCUUGUGUCACUGGGAGGGCAACAUCAAGGAGUAUAUGGUCUUCCAAACUGUGGAUUCCCAGCACAUAAAUGGUGUGAUUACAUAAGGAAAAUAUUGAACGUAGGGGCAUACUGGAGUUGGGUGCAGCGUGAAUUAGUACAGGCAGAAUACUGGCAUGAUCCACUGAACGAAGAAGAGUAUCGCCAGAGAAGUAUCUUCCUGGCUGACAUAAACAAUGAACGGCAACUGAAUGAGACCUACAGAACUAAUUUACUGAAGCUAAAGAACCUUAUCCUGGUGCGCUUUAACAAUGACACAAUUGUGGAACCCCGAGAGACAGAAUGGUUUGGCUUCUAUCGUCCAGGACAGGCCAAAGAAGUGUACCCGUUGAGGGAGAGCCCACUGUACAUUGAGGACCGUAUAGGCCUAAAACAGAUGGAUAAAGAGGGCCGCCUAAAACUGAUUGCAAUUGAUGGUAAUCAUCUGCAGUUUAGUGAAGAAUGGUUUGUUAAUACAAUUCUUCAUGGUUUUCUGGAAUGAUACUUUAUCAUUACUGGGAAAUAUUGCUGAGCAUAGGAUAUAUUUCCUGCAAGUUUCUGAAAAAGUACAGUAGACUAAAAAUAUUUGUUUUUGGUUACCAACAUUGUUUCCAGCAGGAAAAAGUAUAAUUAUUUUUAACUGCCAAUGAGUGCUAGAAUGAUGAAUGUGAGAAAUAGCAGACAAAAAACUCAACACAUAUGCAUAUCAUUUUCUAACAAACUAGUUAACUGUUUGGUAUACUUUAUUUUAAAAACAGGAAUAAUUGUGCAAUCUUGGAUAGCGUGUGUGUGUGUGUGUGUGUGUGUGUGUGUGUGUGUGUGUGUGUGUGUGUGUGUGUUUGUUCUAGUGCUCCAAAGUACCUUAACUUCUUAUUCUCACUUUUCACUUCUGAUAAGCAUAUUGAAUGUUGUCUGUAUUUAUUAUCAUAUUUAACUAUGCCCAAAUACUGUCUGCUUCAAUCCAGAGAAUCACCCUCACUGUUUUUGGGAACACAUCAAUCCCCAUUAUUUAUAAGACUUGUUUUCUGAAUCCUGGACAAUUUUUGUGCGUUAAUCUUGGCAGCUAAAUGCUCACUUUGUAUGCAUCUUAAUUCAGUGUAGACAUUAUGAGGUCUAAUCUCAAGAUUUUUGUAAUCCUCUGUAAUUUUAUUAUUGGCCCUUCUGGAUUCCUUAGUGGCUGUGAUAUAUGUUGUUCUGAUAUCAGAUUUUUUUGUACUUCUGUGUCAAUACUCUUUUUGUAAUUUGGUGAAAAUAAAAAUAAUGUAAUGGCAAAUAUGAAAAA